AUGGCUCUCUCUGGCAAACUCGCCGGCGUCGGCGCCAACCUCGCGCUGCACUACCGCUCCGCCAGUAGCAAGGGCGAGGCGACCAAGCUCGAAGCCGAGCUCAAGAAGAAGUACCCGGCCGUCAAGGUCGCCUUCUACCAGGGCGACCUGACCUCGGCGGCGGCGGUGACCAAGCUGUUCCAGGACGUCAAGAAGGACUUUGGGCAGGUGGAUAUCGUGGUCAACACCGUGGGCAAGGUGCUUAAGAAGCCGAUUACGGAGAUUAGCGAGGCGGAGUAUGAUGAGAUGUUUGCCGUCAACUCCAAAGCAGCCUUCUUCAUCCUCAAGGAGGCCGCCGCCCACAUCUCCGACGGCGGAAAGAUCGUCACCAUCGUUACCGCGCUGCUGGGCGCUUUUACGGGUUUCUACACCUCGUACGCGGGCAGCAAGGCUCCCGUCGAGCACUUCACUCGCGGAGUCUGCAAAGAACUGCAAGGCCGCGGCGUCAGCGUCAACAACGUCGCCCCGGGUCCCAUGGACACGCCUUUCUUCUAUCCCCAGGAAUCCCCCGAAGCCGUCGAGUUCCACAAGUCCAACGGCAUGGGCAACCGCCUCACCAAGAUCGAGGACAUCGCGCCCAUCAUCCGCUUCCUGUGCACCGAGGGCGCGUGGAUUACGGGACAGACUAUCUUUGGUAAUGGUGGAUACACCACGCGCUAA